AUUUCUGUUCUCAAUCGGUCCCUCACUCCAUCUACACGGAGUGCAUUUGUUUCACACUUGAGAGAGCAGCACUCACCUCAAUUCAUGAACGGGCCACCGUCAUAUGAUGGGCAGUCCUUGUUCGGAGGGCCGUCUUCGUCCUUUGUCGGAGGACGACCGUCGUCGUUUGCCGCCGCCGGACCAUGGUCAAGUACGUCGGAUAGCCGGCCAAACAGACCGGUGUCAUUUCAAAGGGCGAACAGCGCACCCAAAGCACCGUCAACUGAAAGGAGGAUUUAUGGGCAGUCGUCAUUUGUCGGGGGACGGCCUUCGUCAUUUGCCGCGGGAUGGCAUUCGUCCGACAGACAGUCGUCAUCGUUAACCGGCCUAGCCCCAUCGUAUAGUGACGUAGCCCGUGAACUGGGAGCAAAGCCGGUGUCACAAUCUGCAGUGCCAGACCGCAAAGCAACCGUUGAACCAAAGCUUUUAGCUGCUAACAUAGUUAAGGAGCCUUUCAAAUUCAAAUUACAACCGUUAUAUACCAUGGUACGACUUGAUAAGUACAAAGAAACACCGAAGGGUGAGUUCUUAGCUAAACUCGCAAAAUCCGGUUAUGAAGGGAAAAACCUGGAUGAAAUAAUCCAUCCGGAUCUACGGAAACAAAUGGACCCGAAAGCAUUCGACAUCUUCUCAGAAAUAGCUUAUAAGUGCCUGGACGACAAACGAGCUCAACGUCCUAACAUUCUUCAGAUUCUCAAAAAGCUUGAGAAAGCUUUGGAAAUUCAAGAAAAGGCAAUAGCACCUGGUGAAGUUAAAGGAACACCACCCAACCGCUGGAAGGGUGGACCCUUGGAACGAUUAAUGAUUCCCUUCGAAGACAUACGAAAGGCAACCAACAAUUUUGACAAAGAAUUUUACCUUGGGGAAGGGGGAUAUGGUAUGGUGUACCGCACACAACUUGAGCUACCAAUCGAAGACAAAGCUAAAGAUGAAAUUUCUAGGAAAUUGACAACAGUAGCUAUAAAGCGCAUUACAGACGCACAACGAGGAAGAAAAGGGUUCAUUGCAGAAAUCGAAUUGCUUACCAGGUGUAAGCAUCCCAAUGUAAUUUCUCUUCUUGGCUUUUGUGAUGAAGGUCCUAAUAUGAUACUUGUUUAUGAGUUUGCUUCUAAUGGUAGUCUGGAUGAGUAUUUGGUAAGCACUGACAGCUCAACUACUCUUACCUGGUUGCAACGCAUAAAGAUUGCCAUUGAAAUUGCAAGUGCAUUGCACUACCUUCACUCGAAAGAUUCAAAAAGUUUGAUACUUCACAGUGACAUAAAAAGCGGAAACAUUUUGUUAAGCAAGAAUUUGGUGGCAAAACUUGCUGACUUUGGUCUCUCGAGAUCCAAUCAACAGUCAAAAUCUAUCCGUACAAAUACUGUAGUAGGCACAGAGGUCUAUUUAUGUCCAGAAUUUCCUAAAACUGGUAGGUUGGUAACAGCCGUAGAUAUCUACUCUUUUGGGGUGGUUCUAUUCGAGAUCUUAUGCGGGAAGCUUGCCUAUGAUAAAACUUACCUUGCUGAGGAUGCAAGGGGAAUUGCACAAGUUGCACGACUACGUUUCAAAGAUAACAAAAUAAAUGAAAUGAUAGAUCUCAAAGUUAUGGAAGAAGUAGACGAACUCACAUCCACACUACAUAAAGGACCCAAUCAAGAUUCUUUGACAACGUACAUCAAUAUCGCACAUAAAUGUGUAGCAGAAGCUCAAAAAGACCGUCCCACAGCAAAAGACAUCCUCGAUGAACUUAAGAAAGCAUUGUCAUUUCAGGAAAACAAUAAGGACAACCUCCAAAUGUCAUUUGAAGAAAUUAAGGUGGCCACAAACGACUUCAGUCGUGAUAAUCUUAUUGGACGUGGAGGAUUUGGGAACGUAUAUGAAGGAAUACUUACACGUGGUAAUAAAAGUAUUCCAAUUGUUGCAAAGCGUAUGCAUGGGGAGAAACGUCAGGGAGAAGAACAUUUUUUGAUGGAGCUUGAAAUUCUUUUUGAGUACAAACACGAGAAUAUCAUCGGUCUUGAAGGCUAUUGUAACGAAAACGGUGAAAAAAUAAUUGUUUAUGAGCAUGCAUCUUAUAAAAGUCUCGAUAGACGUUUGGGCAACCCUAGCCUUACAUGGACUAAACGACUCGAAAUAUCUAUUGGUAUCGCGCGCGGGUUGGCUUUUCUUCAUAGAGAUGCUCCAACAAACGAGACAGUGAUACACCGGGAUAUUAAAAGUGGUAAUAUACUUCUAAAAGGUGAUUGGAAGGCAAAAAUAUCUGAUUUUGGGUUGUCUGCAAUAACUGCUAGAAAUGGCAAAGUAAACAGCUUGAUUGUUGGCACUGCUGGCUAUGUUGACCCACAAUUUGAGAAUGCAGGGUUCUUUACUGAAAAAUCAGACAUUUACUCUUUGGGGGUUGUUUUAUUCGAGAUUUUGCACGGGCAACUGUUAGUGCCCACAGAAGAAUAUGAUAAAGAAGCUACAACUAAGAUUCUUAAUCAAAUCCAUGGAGAAGGAGACCUUGAAUCAAUUGUGUUUAAGGAUAUAAAGGAACAAAUAGCCCCAAAAUCAUUGUCUACAUUUCGAGCGAUUGUCAGCCAAUGCUUAGUUAAGGAUAGAAAAAAACGAGCUACAGCAAAGAAGGUGUUGCAACAACUAGAGAAAUCACUGGAAGAACAAGAGGAUUAUGAAAAAUGGGGGCUCAAAUUGCCCGAGGACUAUGAAGACAUAUUCAAAUUGUCUACAUAUUCUGGAACCUACUCUACCAAAAUGAAAAAGGAUCUUUACAAUCUGCUCUCCAAAGGAAUUUUUCUUCAAGACAAUAAAGUGUGGUUUUCAUACGGAAGUGAGGGCGAAAGAAAUGAAAUUAUAUCAGCAACAACGUUUUCAUACAGAAAUGGCAGUCCACAUGAUAAUUGGUGUAUUAAUGUUCCAAAAUCAAGGUUUGAGAAGGUAGCAAAGAUGUUAGAUAUUUCAAAUCUGAUGAUCGAAAUCGAGACAAGAACCCAAUUUUUAUCUCCAAAUACCCUUUAUGGGGUGUAUCUAGUCUUCAAAUUUUGUGAUUCUAGAAAUGUUUCUGGAAACUUAAUGCAUGUUGACCUAAGGUAUAGAAAGGGGAGUGAAACCUUGCAUGCAUAUUUUGCAAAACUGAGAGACGAUGAGUGGAUGAUGAUUGAGUUGUAUCGAUUUUUGAAUCAAAAGGAAGAUGCCGUUUUCAACUUUCUACUAGAGAGCCUUUCACCAUGCUAUUGUAGAGAAAAUGAUGCGAUCUAUGUUGAAGGCAUUGAGCUUCGACCCAUUGACAAUGUGGGACAUAAAGAACCUGAAAAGUCUAAGGAAAUCCAGCAAGUUUUGAAACCAAACAUGAACUUAGAUCAAGUGCAAAUGCCAACUAAAAGUGGAAUGAUAACAAAGGGAUCCAUAAACGAUGACUAUGGGGAAGAGUUGUUCUCGCUAACUGAAGUGAAUGGAAAGAAACAUAUUAUGCUUUCGGCAAAGGCAGCUCUCUACAACUUUCCUGAAUUGAUGCAUUUUAAUUUAAAACCAUCACCCGAGUCCAGUUUUAAAGAGGUGCUUGAGCUUCUGCCAGAACAAAUAUUUCGUAUCAAUUGCACGAUCAAAAGCCAAAUGUUGUCACGGGAUACAGAAUAUGUGUGCUACCUAGUGUUCAAGCUUUCAGAAAAUUGUCAAGCGUUGCAUGGUCCAGUUGAAGUACGAGAUCUACUUAAAAAUAAUAAAGUGGUUGAAAUUGUUUACUUUAGAUCCCCAAGCCCGUGGAAUAUACAUGAUAUUACUCGGGUUCCGAAACAAAGGACAGAUGGAUGGAUGGAGGUUAAUGUCUGGAAAUUCAACUCAAAUCUUGAACUCGAAAAGGAUCAUGUUCUUGUUAAUUUGAAGUUGACAAGUUACGAAGGCUCUAUGGCCGGCCUUAUUGUUUGUGGCCUAGAGUUUCGGCCAAUGUAAGAAUAUUUAUAUGGGAAUUUCUCUUGCCCUAUCGUGUUCCUUGUAUGCGUUAUCUUUCUUUCGGUAUUGACCAACGGAAUAAAUUCAAGUCGUUUCAUGUCUACAAGUUAGCUAUUUUAUACUUUA